AUGUUGUCUCAACAUACAAUUGAAUCUGUCUGGAACGCAUUCAAGACAAAGCGUUCAAAUGCAGACUUAUUUACCACAGACGCUGUGGUCAUGUUUGUACCAUCUUCAGUAGGAGCAAGAGGCAAUGAACACAUUCGUCGAUUCUUUUUACACCCACAGUUCUCUGAUAAAGUGACACUUGUACAAGAGACAGUCUGUCAUACAGUCGCAUCCAACUUUAGAUUGAUAGAAGAAGUGGUUUGGUCUGUUCAGUUUUUUACAGAUGAAUGUCAAUGGCUUGUACCUGGGAUUGAAGAUCGUUAUUUGAUGAAUGCAGCUAUCAAGUUUCCUGUGACCAUUUCAGCUUCUUUUGAUCCAGCACAGUUAAGAAUAGAGAGUAUUCGGUAUUCUUGGGAUCAAGCAUGUGUAUUGAAACAAAUUCGAGUAAUUUCAGAUAAAGUAAAAUGGCCUAUUGUAGCAGAACAACAAGUAGAUACACUCCAAUGUCCUGAUAGUGUUCGACUGAUUGGUUUAGAUGGUCAACCCAUUGACCCUAAAAAAGUAAGUUGGAUUCAACUGUUUAUACACUUUAUUCAAGAUGGUUUAGUGCCAGGUAGAAUAUUUGGACCUGUUGAUCCUAAAGAUCAAGUAUCUAGACCUGUACGUCACCCUGAACCUAAUGGGCCUCCUAAUCGAAACAUUUUUACUUAUGAGCCACCUGCUGAAAGACGCCUUGUUGCCUCCUCAAACAAACUAGACGCACAAUUCUCAUUUGCACAUCACACGGCAAGAUAAUUUUAUUCAAUAAUAAAUUAAGGACCAGCACUUGGUUCAGAGCUUAAUAGGAUUUCAGCAGCACGGUUCAAGUCUGACUUGGCACGCGUGAGUGCUCUUUCGAUAUCUUGUCUAGAAUAGUUGGGAAACAUAGCAAACAUGGUAUCAAUAUCUUGUUGUUGAAUCACAGGUGUUGCUACUUGUGUAUAGGACUGCUUCUUUGUAGUACUGAGAAGGGGCAUCAUAUAAUUGGAUGUCCAUGAUCGAAUCCAUGCAGGAAAUCGCCAUUGUUGAAUUGAUUUUGUAUGGUAAUAUAGUUUACCAAUCACUAAUCCACAUAAUGAGGGAAUAGCAGAUGCUGAUGUAUUGGACAAUAGAAGCUAUAU